AUGGCUGAUAAUCCUGAUAAUGACAGUAGUGAUAGUGGUAAAAAAAAAGAUCAAUAUUAUAUUACAAUUAGUGAUGAUGGAGAAUAUAUAGCUAGACUUUAUUGUUGUAGUGAAAAUGAAAAUGAACUUAAUCCAUAUGUAAAACCUUCAGAUGACAAUAGAAAACUUUUAUUUUGGUCAUUUUCUAUAUCAAAUAUGGUUUUUUUUAAUAAUAAACCAACAAUUUUAGUGGCAAUUUCAAGAGUAGUACCAAAUGAUAUGAUUGAUCAUGAUAGACCAAUUAAUCACUUACUUGAUAAACUUGAGGAAUACAAAGAACUCAAAUUAAAAUAUCAAAAUAUGAAAGAACUUUAUUAUCCCUUGCAUUCACAACCUUCUAGUACU